UUUAGUUGAGGGGGAGUAAGGAAGGGCGUGAACUCACUCACUGAAGCCAUGAUUUAACACGGACGAGCGAGCGAGCGGAGCGCAUCUCCCGCACUCGACUCGCUCCCUUGUUCCUUCGCUCGUUACUUGCUGCUGGCAAAAACAGCAAUGAUGGACGAGCUUUUCUUCGCCGACACAUCGGUCGGUACCGAGGCACACGCGAAGUGGACUUGAGCCCAAUGGAGUUCUCUUAGCUCGCCGCCGCGGUCGCUCCGUUUCGUUCGCGGUGCGCGCGGCGAUGGACGCGGUGACGCUGCGCAGCCUCGCGGGGCUCCUGUGCCUCUGCGUCGCUCCGCUCGCGACCGGCAGCACGAGAGCCGCGCAGCGCGAGCCGCGCGCAGAAGAUUUAUUCAGCUCCAUUGAACAGAAAGUCCUGCGCUGGAAAUCUUAUCCACCCAAAGCUUGGAAUGAACUUUCCAUGAAACUGGGACACGAAAGACUUCAUCCUGUGUAUCAAGCCUGCGAUCUUGGACUGAAAACAAGACCCAAAUUUCUUUGGAGCAACUGGAUUCCACGGAUGGAUGCCCGACACCUUUUUAUGGACCUGUUUUUCGUUCAGGAGGAUGAGAGUCCCAAGCAGCUGAGCGAAGUCAGUAUUCAUCUUCUGGAAGUGCCAGAGCCCAGGGAAAAAGUCCCCAGUGCGAAAAGUUCAAACCCUGUUCUCACCCUCAAAGCCGGUCGGCCUGUACAACCGCACGUCGAGAUCCUUGAGGUGGAGCAGAGGCUCCGUCUAAAUGUGGGCCCGCUCUUUGAGGCCGGCUUCCACGUGGGCUUUUCCUACUCGGGGCCCUGUCUCCUGAUCGCCUCUGUCAGGCUGUACUACAUGAAGUGCCCCAGCUUUGUCGAGAACUCGUCUGCCUUUGAAGAAGUCGCGGGGAACUCAGGGCUGGUGAGAGGCACCUGCGUGAACGGGUCAGUGGAGCUGUCACCACCGCAAAGGGAAUGCCAGGCAGGUGGACACUGGGGACCCCUCCAAGGACAAUGCAGCUGCGCUCCAGGGUACCAGGGAGUAGGAGACACCUGUGAAGCGUGUAGAGCUGGGAGCUAUAAGGCAGACAGAGGGAGCUCUCAGUGCCUCCCAUGUCCAGCGAACAGCAGAACGGAAGCAGAGGGCGCACAGGAGUGCGAGUGUUUGCAGGGGUUCUAUCGCGUGCCUCGUGACCCACGCGGAGCCGGGUGCACAAGAACCCCCUCCUCCCCCGCCAACCUGAGCACCCGUUCCCUGAACAGGUCCGCUGUGGUCCUUCACUGGGGCCCGCCACUAGACCUGGGGGGUCGACAGGAGGUCUGGUAUGAUGUCGAGUGCAAGGAGAGGGAGGGGGACUCCCAUGGGCAGUUCGAGGUGUGCGGGGGGGCUGUGCGCAUCUCGCCGGGCUCCCGCCAGCUCAGCGGAACUGCGGUUAAUGUCACGGGGAUGAACCCGAACGCUGACUACCAGCUAACGGUUCGAGCAAGUAACGCAGUCAACUACAACUUCGGCCUGCCAAGUUCGGCUCAGUCUGUAACCAUCGAUAGAUGGCAGAUGGAUGUGAUUUACACCCCAGUUCCUCAGACCCUGGAGCACAAGUCUCUCUCCCCCUGGGUGAUACUGGGUGCAGCCACUGGGUGCCUGUUACUUGUGGCUCUUGUACCCUUGGCUUUUUGCUUCAUGCGUCGUUUCUACACCAAGAUCAGCUCAUUCAGCGAAGAUCAGGAGAUGGGGCUCAUCCAUCCUGGAGUGACGUACCGCCGCUGUGAAGAGAACUGCCAAGAUUCUCAGCAAACUAGCAUUCAGCUUCUGGAGGGGCUCAGUGGUGGACUGCUGGAGAGUCUCAGGGAGGUGCUGGUGGACAGAAGCACCUUGCAGCUUGGCAAGGCCCUGGGUGCCGGAGAGUUUGGGACCGUCUAUGAAGGAGUUUUCUCCCCAGAACCAGGGACUAAUAUAAAAGUUGCGGUGAAAACCAUGAAAGUUGGGAUUUAUAGCCGUGAAGAUCUGGAGUCUUUCCUGAAGGAGGCUGAACUCAUGCAGAACUUCAAUCACAGCAAUGUGGUCAAGUUGCUCGGGGUCGCACUGGAGUCUCAGAACGACUCCUCCAUCCCCAUGCCGAUGGUUCUUCUCCCCUUCAUGAAGCAUAGAGACCUACGGCGCUUCCUCAUUGCCACCCGCUAUGGGGACAUUCCGAUGUUUGUGCCCUAUCAGAGUCUUCUGCGCUUCAUGAUUGAUAUUGCAGCUGGGAUGGAGUACCUCAGUUCUCAAGGCUUCCUGCACAGGGACCUGGCUGCACGCAAUUGCAUGUUGGGAGACGACUUGCGGGUGUGCGUCGCAGACUUCGGCCUGUCCAAGAAAAUCUGCAGUAACAACUACUACAGGCAGAAGGUGGCCAUACGCAUGCCGGUCAAGUGGAUGGCCAUCGAAAGCCUGUCGGACAAUGUCUACACCACCAAGAGUGAUGUGUGGUCGUUUGGGGUCACCAUGUGGGAGAUUGUGACCAGAGGGAAAGCGCCAUAUUCUGCAGUCAACAACCACGAGCUCCUGGACCUUCUGGAGACCGGAUACCGCCUCAGACCUCCUGACUGUGACCCAAAACUUUAUGAGGUGAUGCAGAGCUGCUGGCAUCGGGAUCCCACGCAGAGGCCUUGCUUCCUGAAACUUGGGGAGGAACUACAAGCUCUUCUGUCCCAGUUGCCACUGCUGGAGGCCAGCGAAGAGGCUCACUACAUCAACCAGGGCCUGGAGGCAGCUCAGAGGCGGUGCGCUGAGGGAGGAGAACCCCCCGAAGAUGAAGAGGGUCAGGCGGUGGGCAAUGUUUACCUGCCAACCCCUGGGGCAGUUGAUCCCUUACUGGAGGAUGAAGAAGGAUACUUGAAGGUAGCAGUCAACUGACUGCAGUUCAAGGAAAGAGCUCAACCUCCACUUUCUCAGUUUAACUCUGAAACCAGGUCUCCCUAAUCUGGAGAUGCUAAGUGUUGCUGGACAGGGUAUUUCACUGAAUUAUUGCCUGGAAAUCAAAGAUUACAUUCUCAAGUGAUGUUCACAUUACAUUUACAUUUAUUCAUUCAGCAGACGCUUUUGUCCAAAGCGACGUACAUC